UCUACUCAAGGGCUGAUUAGUAAACACACAUUUGAUAAGCUUUAUCAAUUUUGUGUGUGUGUAUGUGAGAAACAUUAAUUAGGGGGCGGAGUUAGUGCUUAAAGCCUGUGCUGUCAGUGGAGCCCUCUCACACACACACUCAGAGUGUUGGAGUUAAAGCCUGGACACCGUCUCUGUUCAUUAUCACAGAGCUGCUUCCGUGUGUGUGUGUGGGUGAGAGUGUGUGUAAAAGUGUGUGAGUGUGUGUACACGUGCAGGUCUCUGAUCUGCGUCCUCUCAUAGGGACUUUAGUCAACUCCACGUCCACCUGGACCGAGGAAACCUUCAUCCAUCACUUCCCUGACUCAGAGCUCCAGACGACCGACGCAGACGCAGCUCAUGGCGUUGCUGGUGAACGUGUGCUGGAUGUUGGUGCUGAGCGGGUGCUCGGUGCUGAUGGUGCGAGCGGAGUGCACGCGGAUGUGCGCCCUCUGUCUGUACGGGUCUGUGGCGCCGCAGCAGGAGGACAGCAGCACCGGGCCCUGCACCCUGGAGUGUGGAAGCAGCGUGGACCUGAGGAAACUUGGCCUCUGCCGGAACGCCCUGAACGAAGAUGAGCGUUCCACAGCGGACCAGAAACCUGAGCCUGACAGCACCGAGCACCUUCUGGCCAAGAAAUAUGGCGGCUUUAUGAAACGCUACGGCGGUUUCAUGAUGAAGAAGAACUCCGAAGACCUCACGAACGACGAAUCCGACAAAUUAAACGAGGAGGAGCUGAACAUCCUGAAGGAGAUCCUGAGGGCGGGCCUGAAGGCCAAAGAGCCGGCUAAGGAGCUCCAGAAGCGCUAUGGAGGCUUCAUGCGCAGGGUGGGCAGACCGCAGUGGCUCGACGAUUCCAAACCUUACGGCCUUCAAAAACGCUGGGAGGACGAGGGAGCGGAAAACAUCCUGCCGGAGACGCACAAGAGAUACGGUGGCUUCAUGGAUUAGGAGAUGGUGCCGCGAUUUAAAAUAGACUCUCGUCGUCGCAAAACAAUCCCAAGCGUGUGCACAGCUUACGACUUCAUGCUAAUUUAUUAUCAAUAUACCGACCGAUUCAUACGUUCCGAGUCGUUUCUCUUUCUGCUUUUUUAAUUUGCUUUUGCUAUAGAGAAGGUCGUCAGGUGACGGAUGAUCCUUUAAACUGUUCCUGUAAGCAAACUGAAAGAUUUGAUGUUAUUUUUGUGUUCAUUUCUCCAAAUACAAGAAAAAAAAAACAUAUAUAUGAUGCAGAAUCAAAUGAAACUAGAGCCUCGAGUGUCACUUUAUCGCUAAUGUGUAUAAAUCUUUAAUUAUGCUGUGUGCCUCUGUUCAGUAGUUCUUGUGUGUGUGUGUGUGUGUGUGUGUGUGUGUGUGUGUGUGUGUGUGUGUGUGUAUGUGAAUGUCUGUCUGUACAUCCCUAAAUGUCCGUACAGACCGAGAUCUCAAGCACGAUGAUCACAGCGUCGAAAUCCAGUGGACAUUUUUAAAAUUCCGGGUGUGUACGCGUUCUCGUGGACGUGUCAAAGAUGGUGUGUAUCUCGCGUUUAUCUCCUAAUGUGUUCCAGUCAUUUCUAAUCGAUUGCUUGUUCAGAGUACAAUAAAAUCAUCAGUCCGCAGGAAUUCAAGGCACGAGCUCGCGUUUCGUCUGUGUUUUGUGUGCGUGCAAUGAAUCUGAAUCCCUGUACACACACCGCUAUAACAACUUCAUCACAUAAACCUACGUGAACGUUAGCAAGCUACG